AUGUUGAAACUGAACUCCGGAAAAACGGAUUUCCUUAUUGUUGCUAGUCCACGCUAUCGACAUCUCAUAUCAGGGAUUGUUCUGACCAUUGGUGGUACAGUUAUCGAGCCUUCAACCUCUAUCCGAAGUUUGGGUGUUGAGAUUGACGCUAAUCUGAAGUUGAAUCGCCACGUGUCAUCUCUAUCCAGUUCGCUUCACUUUCAUUUGUCCAACAUAGCACGCAUCAGGCCCUUCCUGGACCAGUCUGCAUGUGAGCAUGCUGUGAGAGCGCUCGUCUCGUCUAGGAUCGACUACGCAAACUCCCUUCUCUGUGGCACUUCUGCAUUAAAUGUGAAGCGUCUGCAGCGAGCUCAGAACCGUGCUGCAAAGUUGGUUUUUCGGGCCAAGAAGUACGACCAUGUAACACCUUUCCUACAACAACUUCAUUGGCUCCCCGUUGAAAAGCGCAUAACAUACAAAAUUCUGACUAUUACAUACAAAUGUCUUAAUAAUUCUGCUCCCAACUACCUCAGGAAACUCUUACGUAAGCAUCAAACAGCAAGACCAGGGCUCCGAUCAAGCAAUGACCCAGCACUACUCGCAGUUCCAAGGACCAAUACAUGUACAGGUGACAAAUCCUUCUCUUCUGCUGCACCACGCCUAUGGAACAACCUCCCCCAGAACGUACGGACGUCGUCAUCCCUUUCUCAGUUCCAGAAGUCCCUUAAGACAUUUCUAUUUAAUACUUAA